AGGUGGCGCCCGUAGCUCAGCAGCCUGGACUCCGGGCUAUUUAUAUCCCAUGAUUACAGUGCAGGGGCUCUGCUUUUCCAGCGACUUCGAAGGGGGUGGGGGGGUAGAGAGGAAAACACCACCCCAGCCUCACUGUGUCCCUUCUGUCGCCAUAUUCUCCAUGCAGAUCUCCAGCAAGCAAGCACCCCGGCUCAGGGCAGCACGAAACUUCAACAUCCCCUAAAAAAUCCAGGCUUUAGUAAGGGGAGCACCUUCUAGGAGCUGCAGGGCAAGAUGACUAACGUGUCCUAUCACAUCUCUAACCUCCUGGAGAAGAUGACAUCCACUGACAAAGAUUUUAGAUUUAUGGCCACCAAUGACCUGAUGAUGGAACUGCAGAAAGAUUCCAUAAAGCUGGAUGAAGACAGUGAGAAAAAAGUUGUGAAAAUGCUUUUAAAAUUGCUUGAGGACAAAAACGGGGAGGUGCAGAACUUGGCUGUCAAGUGUUUGGGCCCUUUGGUCAGCAAAGUGAAAGAAUAUCAGGUAGAAACUAUUGUGGACUCUCUGUGUACAAACAUGUUAUCAGACAAGGAACAACUGCGGGAUAUCUCCAGCAUUGGUCUGAAAACGGUCAUCUCAGAGCUGCCUCCAGCGUCUACCGGUUCCACAAUGACAGCCAAUGUGUGCAAAAAGAUCACGGCCCAGCUAACUGGAGCCAUUGGGAAACAAGAGGAUGUAUCUGUGCAGUUAGAGGCUCUUGACAUCCUGUCAGAUAUGUUGAGCAGGUUAGGGGGGAUGCUUUACACUUUUCAUUCCUCUAUCCUGAACUGCCUCCUUCCUCAGCUCAGGAGCCCCAGACUGGCUGUGCGUAAGAGAGCCAUCAUUGCUCUAGGCUAUCUGGUCUUGACGUGCAAUGGGAAUAUCUUCUCAGAACUCAUGGAGCACUUGCUAGCUGAACUGAAGAGGAAUGAGUCUACUUCUACCACAAGAACGUACAUUCAGUGUAUCGCGGGUAUCAGCAGGCAGGCUGGGCACCGCACAGGAGAGUAUCUGGAGAAAAUCAUCCCGUUAGUUGUUCGGUACUGUAACGUGGAGGAUGAUGAGCUGAGGGAAUACUGCUUUCAGGCCUUCGAGUCUUUUGUGAGAAGGUGUCCAAAGGAAAUUGGCCCUCACAUCCCUAGUGUGAUGGGAUUGUGCCUGAAGUACAUUACUUAUGACCCAAAUUACAACUAUGACAAUGAGGAGGAGGAGGAAGAGGAGGAAAUGAUGGAAACUGAAAAUGGGGAGGAUGAAGAGCAAGAGAGCGACGAUGAGUACAGCGAUGACGAUGACAUUAGCUGGAAAGUUCGCAGGUCUGCGGCUAAGUGCCUGGAAGCCAUUGUCAGUACCCGGCACGACCUCCUUCAGGAUUUCUACAAGACUCUGUCCCCGGUUUUGAUAGGCAGAUUCAAGGAAAGAGAGGAGAAUGUCAAAGCCGACAUCUUCUGUGCUUAUAUCGCUUUGCUGAAGCAAACGCUGCCCAUACAAAGCUGGCUACAUGCUUCAGAUGCAGGAGGCAAGGAAGAGAUACCCCUCACCAUGCUUCAGAACCAGGUUCCAAACAUAAUCAGGGCCUUGCACAAGCAGCUCAAGGAGAAAAGCAUCAAAUCAAGGCAAGGGUGCUUCAGUCUCCUUACAGAAUUGGCCAAUGUUCUUCCUGGCUGCCUGGCAGAUCACAUCCCUGCAUUAAUGCCUGGUAUUAUUUUCUCCUUGACUGAUAAAUCCAGCUCCUCCAACAUGAGGAUUGAUACACUGUCUUUCCUUCAUGUUCUUCUCUGCAAUCACCAGCCAGAAGUAUUUCAUCCCCAUAUUAAGGCACUGCUACCUCCAAUUGUGUCCUGUAUUGGGGACCCCUUUUAUAAGAUCACAUCAGAAGCUUUGCUGGUCACUCAGCAGCUUGUGAAAGUUAUUCGGCCCUUGGACAAAUCUUGUACGUUUGAUGUCAAGCCCUUUGUGAAAGACCUUUUUUCUGGUACUCUGAAGAGACUGAAAGCUGCUGAUAUUGAUCAGGAGGUGAAAGAACGGGCUAUUUCUUGCAUGGGACAGAUCGUCUGCAAUCUUGGAGACCAUUUAAGUGGUGAUCUCCCGCCAACUUUGAAGAUUUUUCUAGAAAGGCUCAAAAAUGAAAUAACCAGACUUACAACAGUCAAAGCAUUAACCUUAAUUGCUAGUUCCCCACUGAAGAUAGACUUAAGACCUAUUCUAGGGGAAGGAUUCCCCAUUUUAGCUUCCUUCUUGCGAAAGAAUCAACGUGCCUUGAAACUGAGUACUCUGACAGCUCUGGACAUAUUAAUUAAGAACUACAGCGAUAGCCUCAAGCCUGCCAUGGUUGAGUCUGUGCUGACAGAGCUUCCUGCUUUAAUUAGUGAGAAUGAUUUGCAUGUUUCUCAGGUGGCUAUCGUGUUCCUUACUACCUUAGCUAAGGUUUAUCCAUCUUCCUUGUCCAAGAUAAGUGGUUCAGUUCUUUCUGAACUCUUUCAGCUUGUCCACUCCCCUUUGCUACAAGGAGGAGCACUGAAUGCCAUAAUAGACUUCUUUCAAGCUUUGGUUAUAACAAAGACAGCUAACAUGGGUUAUGCAGAGCUGAUGAAACAGCUAACAAGCCCCAUAUACUCAAGUCCUGGUGGGGCAUCUGUGACUUUACAUAAACAAGCCUAUUACUCUGUAGCAAAGUGUGUGGCAGCCCUUUCAUCAGCAUGCCCAAAAGAAGCCACCAGGGUAGCAAGCCAGUUUAUUCAAGAUGUGAAGAACCCCAAGUCCAGUGCUGCUGUUAAAAUGCUAGCCUUCCUUUCGCUGGCAGAGAUGGGUCGCACCAUGAACCUAAGUGCUCAGAAGGAGCUCAAAACAGUAAUACUGGAAGCAUUUGCCUCUCCCAGCGAAGAGGUGAAAUCAGCAGCUUCCUAUGCUCUGGGGAACAUCAGUGCUGGGAAUCUUAAGGAAUAUCUUCCCUUUAUGCUGAAGGAAAUUGGAAGUCAGCCCAAGAGACAAUACUUACUACUCCAUUCUCUAAAAGAAGUCAUCAGCUCCUCCCCAGCAGAUGGCCUCAAACCUUAUGUGGAAGAUAUUUGGGCUCUGCUUUUCAACCAUUGCGAGUGCACAGAGGAGGGGACACGAAAUGUGGUUGCCGAAUGCUUGGGGAAACUGGCCCUAGUGAAUCCGUCCCAGCUGCUGCCCAGGCUGAAAAAGCAGCUGUCAUCAGGUUCCCCGCAUGCACGAAGUACUGUAGUAACUGCAAUCAAAUUCACAAUUUCUGAUCAGCCACAGCCUAUUGACGUACUUCUUAAAGGUUGCAUAGGUGACUUCUUAAAGACUCUUCAGGAUCCUGACUUGAAUGUUCGACGUGUUGCUUUAGCCAUGUUUAAUUCUGCUGCUCACAAUAAGCCUUCUUUAAUCCGAGACAUGCUGAACACUAUCCUGCCCCACUUAUACAACGAAACUAAGAUCAGAAGGGAACUGAUACGGGAGGUAGAAAUGGGGCCAUUCAAGCACACAGUGGAUGAUGGCCUUGAUGUAAGGAAAGCUGCCUUUGAGUGCAUGUACUCACUGUUGGAAAGCUGCCUUGACCGACUGGACAUCUAUGAAUACUUGAACCACGUGGAGGAUGGACUUAAGGAUCAUUAUGACAUUAGGAUGUUGACUUUCAUCAUGCUGGCUCGACUCUCCACGCUGUGUCCUAAUGCAGUUCUACAAAGGCUAGAGCGAUUGAUUGAACCCCUGAGGGCAACCUGCUCUACUAAGGUAAAAGCUGGUUCGGUGAAACAGGAAUUUGAAAAGCAGGAUGAACUGAAACGGUCAGCGAUGAGGGCAGUAGCUGCUCUACUAACCAUCCCUGAAGUAGAGAAAAGUCCAGUGAUGACUGAAUUUGCUUCUCAAAUCAGAGCCAAUCCUGAAAUGGCUUCACUCUAUGAAAGCAUUCAGAAGGAUUCAGCUUCAUUACCUACCACAGAAUCAAUGGAUAUGAAUUAAAGUCCUCUCUAACACAAAAUGAGUGAUGUCCCCUACAUUCAGGAAGAGGAAAUAAUUCUCUGAAGAUUGCAUUCCAUAUGCUAUGCUCCAACACUGCAAGCUUCAGGUGCAGGUAUCCCAUCUCGUAGUUAGAGCAGAAUCUUUACUUUGCUCUAAAGCAUUAGGUGUAUUCACUCUACUAGCAGAGAACAGUACCUGUUAACGGAUGCAAGUCAUCUAUACACAGUAUAGAGUUGCAGCAUCACUCAAUUUAAAAAAAAAAAAGCUAUAUACUUUUUUGAAUGCAUACUUCUAAACUUCUUAACUACACAAACUUGCUAAGAUUAUAGGCAAGUGCCCAAAUCAGGAAUAUUUAUACUAGUCUUAACCAUACAGCAUGGUGUACUACUAUACUUCCUGGAAUAUUAGUGUUCCUUAACAGAAAGAGCAGUGGGGCAAUUCAAGGGGUGCUGUGCUCCCAUUCCCUUUUCAGCUUCCUACUGUAUUUAAAUUCAACAUGCUCAGUAUAGUUUCUCCACCCCCCGUGGAACAGGAAGUGAACAGGCAGGUUAGAAAUGCUCUAGCCAAAGUGUAACAGUACUGAGUAUAGUAGCCCCUCCCCCUACAUUAGCAGCCUCAUUUUGAAGUCAAUAAGCUUUCUACGCUUACACUAUGAAAAAGACUAAUUCAGUACCAGUGCAACUUCACACCAUAGCUAUAGUGCAGUUCCUUCCCUCCAUCUUUUUAAGAACAUCACCAAGGGAAAACUGACACACUCAGUCUGCCUUUAAUCUCACUUUUUCACUAGUAUUUUAUAGGGAGAUCAUCUUCAUUGAGAUCUGGUCUGAUGAAGACUUAAUACAACCAUUCAACACACACCACCACAUUGUGGAUUUUUGUAUUUUAUUAAAUACAGUUACACAAAGGAGGAGCCCAUUUAUUCAUUUUCCUCACUGCGCAGUCUGGCAUUUGGAUUGGUGAUCUUGAUAGCAAGCUGAGCUGCUCGCUCUACAAUUACCUUGCGGUUCUUGGAGGAAACAUUGUGAGCAAUCUCUGCACAAUAAGACCUAUUAAAAUAUGGAUAAAGAAUCAAUAUUUCAGCAGCAUAAAGCAGGCCAAUAUUCAAUUCACAGUCUAGGAAAAAAGAUCUCCCCCUUUAAGCAACACAAGAAUGGAAACAUUGAGCUAAGUGUGCAUGCAUUCUGUAGGGAAAGAACAAGCAAGCAGCUCUAAGUAAAAAUAAAUAUUUUAAGAACCAAAUAUAGCAUUAAUUGGUGUCCAAUGAGAAUUAAUGAUUCAGGCAGUUAGAAACAAACAGAUUAAAGUGUACACAGUGCCUCUUGUGAGAAACUCCUCUGCAACAUUCUUCUGGACUAUUUAUAACUAGGACUAAAUAGGCUUAAAUUUGAAUGUAAACAUUAAAUCUAAAUUCUGAAACACCAUGUUAAAGAUCAGUUUAGGUUUUAAGCUAGUAUUUUAGCAAAAUCUACAAGUUUAACAGCACACAAACAUUUCACUUGCACUUCAUUUCCUUUCUCAUCUGCCUACUGCAGUAGAUAAACUCUUGUAGUAGGACAGUGUGUCAGAUCACACGAUAUUAGUACCAGCUUCCUGAUCCCAAGUAGCAACACACUCCCCAUCGCUGCUACUGAACUGUCUACAGUUUUCUUCAAAUGUCAACUGCAUUUUCCUCUCCUGAUCCCAUUUCUCUGCAUUAUCCCUGUAACAUCCUAGGGUCAAGUUACUGCUGGAAUAAGGCAGCACAGAUCCAAUGAAGACAGCUAAGUUGCAUCCACUCAUGCCAGUUGUGACUCAGGCCCUACCACCGAUAAUUCCAGCUCAGUUUAGUUACAGCAAAAUGUAAUACGUAGUGAGAAAAUGCAAUUCAAAAUAUACCAGGGACCAAAUAUGUUUCCUACAAUACACAAGUCAGAUGCAUUUACAAGGGUAAAAGGUUACUAUUUAAACAAUUAAGUUUGACAUUUUAUAAAGCCUCUAUUAGCUAGUACAUAUGCCUACGAUCUUCUGCUUGUGCAAUUUUUAGCAAAUAUUAUAUUAAGAAAAAUGCAAGCACAUGAUUCCUAAAUCAUUACUGUCUUUCCAGCACCUAAAUGUCAAGUUAAUGAAAGCAAAUCCAUCUGCCUAGUACUAUUUCCUAGGAUGCUGUUGCAGCAGUUUGUAGACAUUGAAAUAUUCAGCACAUUGCCAAAACAGACCCUGACUUUGAUGUGAUAUUAAGACCAAAUCAUGAUACUUAGCUAUCCUUACAGUUAAUAAGUUUAAGUACUGAAAUAAGUUAAAAGGGAGGUUGUUGAAUCCCCAUCACUGGAAGUUUUAAAGAACAGAUUAACUAGGCCUUUCCUGACAGUGGUUUGUCUAUACUUGGUCCUGCUCAGCACUAGUUAAUGAGGACUACACGACUUCUCCAGGGCCCCUUCACCCUACAUUUUUAUGGUUCUAUAAUGUAGUUAAUCAGGAAACCUGUCUCACAAGAAUAAGAUCAAUCUACAAAAACCUAUACAAAGCAAAGUUUAGGGUUUGUUUAAUCAAAGUUCAAAAUUAUUUCUAGCCUUUGAAUGUUUGAUCAUAAAAUGAUCUUCUCCUAAAGGCUGAAGACGAUGCACUGUACUUAAAUAGAAUGUUUAACAUCCCAGGAAGAGGACAUAAUUGAAGGGGAAACAAGAAGGCAGGUACAGCCAAGAUUCUGUUUUUAAUCAAGGUGUUCUCAACCUCUCUCCACUUAGGAUCCCAAAACUCAAAUACAACCUUGAUUUUUGACCUCAAUUCCCGAAAUUCUUUAUGGUCAAAUCUUACAGUCCUUUGGUGUUCGAAAAAGAACUGUGGUAUUACAGGAACAGCAAGAAACCAUGGCUUGGUUUUGAGUUGGAGGGUGAAGGCUGGUCAGCAAGUCGAUAUUGCUGAGGGACAGGAAUGCUGUACAAGGGUAGUUAGAGCAGUUGCGGGGUAGGGCAAGUUUAGUUUCAUCCCCUCCCACAUUCUGCUCCAGGAAAGUUCCGCUUAGAGAUAUCAAAGAGUCAAAUACUUUGACAAGCAGGACUACAUGUUCAUCCUCUUAUUCAUAGGUCAGUAGUGUCCAAAGGCCUCCAAACAUGAUUAAGGCCCCAAUGAGCUAAGGCCCUGAAUAAUGGCAUGGUGCUUCCUGGGAGCAAAGCAUGGUAUAGAUGGGCAAGAAGAGGGAGUAGCUCCAGCGAGAGGCAAAGGCAGGAGAAAGAGAGAACAGAGCAUCUCACUCAGGCUUAAAAAUCUAGCAGUUUCUAACUAUUUCACUAGAUCUCUCCCCUCCCUUGCAACCUGCCCUGGACUCCUGCUCCCCGCCCCGCCCCUUGAGAACCUUGAUUUUGAUCACAAAAUUACAACAGAACUAAAGUUUAAACCUGCAUCACAGAAUACCAGGGUAGGUUAAGAGAUCUUUCCCAACUUACUUGUUACUCAUCAUCAGCACCUCAAGUUCUUUGACAUUGUGGACCAAAAACUUUCUGAAUCCGGUGGGCAGCAUGUGUUUUGUCUUUUUAUUGCUACCAUAGCCAAUGUUGGGCAUCAAGAUUUGGCCCUUGAACCUCCUGCGAGCUCUGUUAUCGAUACCUCUUGGUUUACGCCAGUUGCGCUAGGGAAAUGCAAGGAAGUUUUAAGAAUACAAUUGCACAAUCAUGAAGAAUAAAUGCAAAGAUUCAGGGUGGACGUGGUCUUUUUCAUUCAAACAUGUCUCAUCCUACAGCAUUACAAGCACAUCUGCAAGGAACCUCUACCAUAGUGUUAUUACAGAAAAUCCACAUUUCUGAUUCUUGAUAAUUAAAGGUACUUUUUAUGUUUUACCUCAUAACAGCUCCUAAAUAUAAUCACAUCUCAGACUUUAAGAUUUAAACACUCCAAUUUUUUUUUUGGUUCAGAGGGAUGCAUACCUUGAUCUUGACAUAGCGAUCUGAUUGAUGGCGGAUGAACUUCUUGGUUCUCUUCUUGACGAUCUUAGGUUUCACCAGGGGUCGGAGGGCAGGCAUGGUGUCUAAGAUAGAUAAAAUGGAUAAGAAAGAACACAAAACAAGAUAGCAAUAAGUUAUCUCACCCAAACCUGUAGCAGAUUGCCUUCCAUUAACUAGCCACUUCCAAAGCUAGUAAUGGAAUGGGUAUUCCUCUGCAGUAGUUCUCCCUCCUGCUUCCGAAGCUGGAAGAGUACUGAAAGCUCUCCAGAUGCGGUCCCGGGGAGGUCUCAUUUUGCUCACACAAGUCAAAAUUAUUUGGGAAUAAAAUGUCUUUGCAAGUCAUGUCAUAUAGACCUUCAACAAGAUGUUUUUAGGAGCUUCCCAAAUGAUCCUGCCCAUCCUCCCAAUUCUGUGGUUGUUGCUAGACUCCUUCCAAUUUGUGCCCAAACUGCUGAGUCAAAAAGCCAUCCUUGCAGCACGUACUAGUCUCCAUACAAAUUAGAAAAGAAAAUAUAAUCUUGCACCCCAUCCCAGCUAGAGCUCUUCAGUAUCACCUCAGCAGAUGCUAUUUCAACUUGAGUUGUCCAUUGAAGAACUUUUUGGUUUCUCCUAUGCAAUGCAAUAACUCCCUCUAGCAUUGACCCUCAAGGGCUUUCCCUUACCUACAGCAAGGCUCCCACUUCCACUGGCCAACACAGUGGCUUAUGCAACCACUUUAAAUUGGGAUUUCCAGUGCGAUCUUGGUUGACUACCGGUGAACGAUGCUCAGCUACUAGGAUGUUCAGCACAGUAGUAUAAAGAGAUUAGAUGAGUGACCGCGCGGCCGCCACUCGUGUGAGUAAAUUGCCACUCAGAGGGAGGAGGGCAUUUGGGGGGGAUCCUACAGCCAAGCCCUUGUGCUGGUUUGUAGGUUUCCAUUACGCCUCGCUCCCCCACGCCCCAAGCAGUUCUCUUGCUAGUGGGUUUCCAGGCGCGCAGCCGAGGCGACGCUGGAGCCCCUGCAGGGGUGGGGGGGACAAUGCCUCGCUUCCCCAAGCUGCAGCCCCGGCGCCCCCAGAAUUCGGAGAACCCCGCCCCCCUCCACCCCUCCCCCGUCCGGCCCAGAGCUGGGAGAAGGAAGAAAGCUCCGGUCACCCAGCGCUGGGGGACGCCUGCUCGACUCCCUGCUUCCCCAGGGCCGGCGAGCGAGGCCACCCCUUCGGCUGGGGAGCCCAGAACUCGCCCCUCCCGGCGCGGCCCCCCACAGCCCCAAGCUCGCCAACCCCCCUUUCCCUGGAUCCCGCUCCCGAACCCGGCUCCGCGGCCGCAAUAAUCCACCCCCGCCGGGAAAUACCCCGGAGCGCUAAAGCGGGGGGCCGUCAACGGGCCUCGGGAGACUGCAGGGCCAGGCUAGCAGGUCCCCCAGGCACCGAUGGCGACGGAUCCGGGCGGGCGCGGGACUUACCAGUUGGUAAUGGCGGCCACCCUGAGAGGCAGCGCCGCUGAGAGAGAGCGAGCGGAAGAGCGCGCGGGCUGAUGAGGUGACUCCUGAAGGUCCUGGCAGGCCAGAUCCCUGAUCACGACCGAGAAAGGGGGAAUCGGAACCAGCCUCCUAACUCUAAUAACUACCCUGGUUAGAUGAAGACCAAAGAGUAAUUAUUUCAGAGCAUAACAGUUGUUAAAAUGACUCGUAGUUUUUCUACAAUAAUAGCAACUAUAAUCUGCCAGGACCUGUUCCAAACAACUUCCGUUAACGGCAUCGGCAACUGCCAGAGGAGCGAGAAUGAAACUACUUCCGCCAGUACUGAUACAACUGUCUGAGGGCCAUCUAGUGGCAGGUUUCGGAUACUGCAGAGUUGAUGCCACAUGGCACCCAAGGGCAGAUUACUGAGCUUUUUUGGCUGUAUUAAUUUAUUUACUUUUUUCAUUUCAUUAACACUGUUUUUUUCCUGCGUCUUCACGGGAAAUUGUCAGGUAACAAAGCUCCAAAUAUGGAUUGUUGGUUGCAUAAAAUAUUGCUUUACAAAAUCAAUAUUUUAUAAUAAUGUAAUACUAAUAGAGAUACCCAUAGCAAUUCUUUACGAUGUAUUUUCUAUUAAUAUAAAGUAUUUUUCUUAGGUUUUUAGGGAAGUUUCCAGAUAAAAUAUUUCUUAAAUGUCUGUUUCUUGCUAGUGUUGUCAACUUUUGCUGUUUUUAUCACAGGUCACAAACUGUGGUGUUUUUCUCAAAGCUCACCCUAUAGGCAAUGUUUAAUUUUCUGAGUUUUACUUAGGUUUCAGUCCUCCUGCAACUGGAUCCAAGUGGAUCAUGCAAUUAGUAAUAUUUCUGGACAGGAUAUAAAACUAAGCUGGGAAGUUUUGGCUGCCCUGGUGAUUAAAAACCACCUGGCACUUAUGACAAGACUAGCUCUUCACCCUGAGGAUAUAACCAAAUCUAGGUACAAUAACUGCAUUCUGUGUCCCUACAUUGCCCUUGCAAUUCUAGUUUUUAAAAUGUAUCCCUUAGUUCCCUGCCUAAAAAUAGGCUUUGGGAUAAUUUGACAGUCACUACAGGUUACCAGCAAAGGAAGAAAUUGGUAUUUUUCUAAUAAUUUUACUUUAGGGUGAAGUUACCCUGUAUGGCUGGGAUUAAGUCCAUAGGGCCGCAGGAGGUAGUUUGCUGCCUCUCUUAUGGCAUGCACCUGGGAGGUCCAGGUACCUACCGUGAUAGGGCUAAACCAUAAAAUGAAAUGAAUCAAUGGAUUCUAAACAGGGACUCAAGUGGGGCUCUGUUGAGUGGAUGUACUUUUAGAGAACCCUGGGACUAGAAUGUUCUUAAAGCUUUCAAUGGUAUAUCAAGUCUUUGGGAACAUAUUUUAUCUGUUUAUAUCUUUUCCUUCAGAAUCCCAUUUAUACCCUUGCUAAGCUUGUUUGAGGAUUCUAUCAUAUUUUUGUAAGACCUGUCUCUAUCCUCUCCUGUCGAGAUAUUCUAGUUCUAGGUUCCAGUCUUGCAAGCACCUAUGUAUCUGUUUUAACUUUAAACUCCUGAGUAGACUCCUGGAAGUUAAUGGGACUACUCUUGUGCUUAAAGUUAAGUAUCUGCAUAAAGGGAGCCCUAAUUAUGGCUUUAAGCUCUGUGUGGAGCAGGGGUUAUUUGAGGAGCACAGACUGAGAAGUUGUAAAGACUACCACACCAACCUGCUUGCUGGUGCAUUUCAAUAGUAGCAGAUGAUGCCUGCAAAGCACUCUGGGAUCUCUUGGGAUGUUAUACUUUGUAAUUUUCUGUUAAAAUAGCAGUACACCACUGGUCAUUUGCUCCUGGUCCCACAUCUCCCCAGCGGUGCUGCUGAUCGUCAGUUAACGUUCCACUCAAGCCCAAUCAGUAUUAACACAUGCUGGCGCAUUCUCUUGAAUUUUACUUGGGUCACUCAGCAAUGAACUAGGUGCAUUCAACCUGCUCAGCAGACAUCACCGUUAGAAUUUUAAACUCUGAAAGUUUCCAAUGUGACUAGUGAUUUAACAAUUUGAAUAAACCCAUUUAUUGUUUCAUAUGUUCAAAGGCCAGAAGGGGCCAUUGUGAUCAUCUACUCUGACCUCUUACACAGCACAGGCCAGUGACCUUCCCCAAGAUCAUUCCUAGAGCAGAUCUUUUU